CGAACAUUUUCUACGGAUCUACGGAUCCGUAGACAAAAUCUACGGAAAUUGGAUUUUUUCUACGGAAAUCUACGGAAAUUUAAAUUUAUCAACGGAUAACUACGGAAACUAGUUUUGUCUAACGAGCAAAAAAAAAAGCUUUUCACCGCGAGAGCUUCCGAGAAAAAUGCCAAUCUACGGAAAUGACACUACUACUAUCUGGCAUCGCUGUCUGUCAUAACAGUAGAGUGUUUCGUGAUUUGUUUAUAGGUUGUCCUCGAAAUUACAUUUUUCCACACUAAGUUGGGAGCUAAAUUCGAGAAAAAUGGAAGACCAGACGGAAACCUGCCGAUUUUGUAGAUGCGACGGCGGAGCAUCCCUCAAAGGAAUGAAGUCUAUUUUCGAUGUUGAUGGAGGCACACAGAUAGCAAUCAUGAUACGUGAAUUGGCCGAUGUGGAGCUUUUCAGUGAAACACACCGGUCUGAAUCGAUCUGCAUUGCUUGCCUCAAUAAAGUGAGAACCGGUUAUCUUGUUCGGAGAAUGAUUCGCGAAGCGGAAGGAAUGAUAGAGGAAAAUGUAACAAACUGUUCUAGAAGUGGACCGGAAUCAUUACAAGACGAAUUUAUUGCCGAAAAUGAAAUUAAACUAGAGCAGAUGGGGACUAAUGAUGACGAAAAUAAUGACGGGUUUUUCUAUGAGUAUUUAGAAGAUGAAAAUAUGGAUGAGGACGGUUUUGAUACGGCUCCAAUUACGACGGAUGACGGUGCCAAACGUUCCGCAGAAGUCAGUUUGUCUAGCGCCAGUAAAAAGCUCUGCCUUCAGCGGACAUACAGGAAAAACAAAUUCACGAUGCCCCAGGAGCCGACCGUGCUGCGGAUUACUGACCGGAUCGAUCACUUCGUAGUGGAAGUUAAAGGUGAUCGAUGCUGUGGCUGCUGUUUCGUUGGGUUGACGAGAAAGGAACUGCUGCAACACUCGAGUCAGGCUCACUGCAUCGAAAUUGUCGGCAGUGGGAAUUACUGUCCGAUUUGUUUCUUCAAAUUCGCCACCGAAAUCGACCUGACAAGGCACGUCGACGAUUGUAAGUCGAAACACAUAUUUGUAUGUAAAAUUUGUGAAAAAUAUUUCAACCAGCAACGUCAAAUCGAAGCUCACUUGCAACUUUGUCGGAAUGCCGACGUAAAUUGCCAAGAAGAAGAUUUUUUCAUCAUGACGGAUGACGAGUACGAUUACACAGAUGCCGAUGUGACAGACUGUAAUAGGAGCAAAAGGAGUGAGGACGAGACGCAUGGCAAUCAGACCGACAUCAAUGACGACAGUGACGAUCGCGACCAGGCAUGGAAAACGGAUGACGAAUGUGAAUCUCGUAUGGACGAAAGUUCUACUCGAUACAGUCCUAAAAAGAGGAACUAUAUAUUCAAUGAUUCCUUCCAUACGGCUGACUGCCAUGGCGUCGAGACUAUCGAUAUACCAGAAUCACUGGUGGUGCAUCGCCUUACAUUCAAAACAUUUCAGUAUUUAAAGCUGAACGGUGAAAGAUGCUGCGGUUGUGACUUUACUUGUCUCAAGCGAGAGCAGGUGUUUCAGCACGCGAAAGACACACACCAAAAAGACGUCGACUUGAACAACGAAUCUAUCUGUCCCAUUUGCUAUUGUCGCUUCGCGGACGACAAGCAGCUUUCGAAGCACAUUAACUUCAUCACCAGCAAGGAUGUACUGAUCUGUUUGAUUUGCGAUGAAGGUUUCACCGGAAAAGGUUCCCUCAAGUAUCAUCAAUUUCACAGCGAAAAGCACAAGCAAAACUUGUUGAGUUCGUGCGAUGGCAAAAAAAUCGAUAAAACCACGUUGGUCGAACUGAACGAUAUCGAUGUGAUGAAAGCGUUCGACAGUGAAGUGACCGAUGCGAUAGCAAACCCGAAGGUUCGGUCGAGAAACAAUAACCGUUCGCUAACAAGACAUCGCCAUCUCACCAUGCCCGAUCCGAUAUUCAUAGUCCAAGUGGACAAAUAUGACAAAUACGAAGCCAUCACAGUGACGGGAGAACGCUGCUGUGGUUGUGGACAAUUUUUCGAAACGUACAAUGAACUGAUUCAGCACGGACGAAGAAUUCAUCUCAUCGACAACGCGGACGCGGUGGGCGAAUAUCAGUGCGACAUUUGCUACGGGCGUUUCGAAUGGGACCGGGGACUGUUGAUGCAUCAAAAUACUAGACGAUCGAUUAGUAAAUUAUAUCACUGUACGAUUUGCCAACUAGUUUUCUCCAAGCAACAUACCAUGGCAAAGCACCUACAGAAUGCGCCAAACCACUCGGAUAUUCCAACGGAUUAUACUACUGAGAAUAUAAAAUUGGAAAAACAGGCACCGGAAAAACCAGGUGUUACCAAAAACAAGUAUGUCUGCUGUUUACCAAAGUGUGCCAAAGAGUUCACUACCGAAGGGCUGCUACUGGAGCAUUGUGCUGUGGACCAUUCCGGUAAACGACGUGAAAACGAAGCAGAACGCACCAGUGAUGCCAACGUUUGUCCCGGUUGUUGCAAGUCGUUCGAAAAUGCCACCUGCCUCGUGUGGCAUCGAUUCACCCGUUUCACGAAGCAAUACGCAUGUCGCUUCUGUGGUCAAACGUUCUCCCGUUGGUCCGCAAACCGAGAACAUGAAAACAUCGUACAUCUGAGGAAAACAUCCGAAUUCCCUUGUGAGACAUGCGGCAAGGUGUUUCUGACGGCACAACGGCUCAAAGCUCACCGGGAAAUUCAUUCCGAUUUGCGGCAGCAGGUGUGCGGUGAUUGCGGUGCCAGUUUUCGCAAUAAGGGCGUCCUGAAACGACACCGGCGCGCUGUCCAUUCCAACGAUUAUCCAUUCGACUGCAAACUGUGCCCGAAAAAGUUUCCCACCCAGGAACAGCUGAAUGCCCACAUGCGGGUUCAUACCGGGGCCAAACCGUACCCGUGCCGGUUUUGUGAACGAGCGUUCGCUCACUUCACCGAUCGGAAGCGACACGAGAUGUCAACCCACACCGGAGAGCGACCGUUCCAGUGUCCACACUGUCCGGCGGCCUACAUCCGGAAUCGGGAACUGGCGAUACAUAUGCAAAAGCAUACGGAAGAUAAUGUCGUUUGAUUGUCAAGGAAUGCAUUAUUUUUUUUAUAUUGUGUACACACAGAAAUGUUUUCGUUAAAAAAACGUUUGUUUUUGUUACAAACAAAUGUAAAACUAAAUUCUUUUAGUCGAUAUUUACCAUCUUUUCU